AUUACUAAAAUGUCUCCAUUUAUUCGUCAACUACAGUUGUUGUACAUCGUACAAAAUGCGGAACCCUGUCGUACUCCUAACACUACUUGUGUCGGCCGGAGCAUUUCCGACAAAAGAUAUCCCAGAAUUAAACGCAUUAGAGAAACCUGACAUCGAACACAUAGAAAAGGAUAUUCGCACAGUAUCAUACAUUCAAAACUUCAAAACGAUAAUGUCUGAUUAUGUUAAAAUGCAAUAUAACAAUCUAACAGUAACAGAUAUGGAAGUUGUGAAGGAAACAUUGGAUAUGUUCUUGCAAAAUUUCGCCGAAGAUCUGCACAAUGUUAUUGUCAAGGGAGAGAAAGAGAUAGUUGAAGAAAUAAACGAUGGUAUACCAAACUCAACGUUUGAUGACGUAAAGAAAUGUAUUAGGAACGAACUGCCGGACGUCAAUGAAGAGAUGGCUGAUCAAGUAGUAUAUAAAUUGAGGAAGAAUCUUUUGAAAACAAGAAAUAUUUUAGAUGGUGUUAUUAGAAAAUCAAAAGUGGACGAUGGAUUUAAUUCAGGUUCUUAAACGUGUUUUAAAACCUUAUUUAUGGGUAAACAUUUUAAAAUAAGAAUGCCUACUGUUUAUAUUUUUUACAAAGCCGUGAUUAUUAUAUUUGGAUUAAUA